CCAAAACCCUCAUCUCCUAUUCUCUCUCCUCACAUUCUUUUUUCUUCAUUUCUUUCUCUCUCCUUCAAACCAAACUUUGUUUUAAGUGCUUUAUAAAUAAAAUAAAAUUUUUUAUUCUUUUUUUUUUUUUUUUGAAAAGAGUGCAUUUUAGCGAUGCGGUUAGCAGAAAAUAAUAGGACUGAGUUUUUCUGUUUUUGCCAGAACGUUGGGAUCGAAAUCGAAAUAGAGGAAUAUUGAGAUCGAACAAGGAGCGAGCUGAAUUAGCACUGUAGUUGAAAGGAGCUUGCCAGCUUUCCAGAUUUACAAGUGUUCGAGCAGCUCUCUGGCUUGGAAUGGGAAAGGAUAGUCUUAACCCAGGGAAAUGGUUGAAUCUCCUGGUUUCAGAGCCCUACUAUUUGUGCCAUUUCUUGACUUUCUUCUCGUAUUUCAUAAUUCGUAGCUCCGCGACCCAUAUCCUCGCUCCUCACCUCGCUCACCAUCUACUUCGUCGCGAAAUACAGACGCUUUUAGUAUUUGGCCUUUUGGUUUUCAUCAAGGGAGUGAAAGAAGAAACAUGGGAGGCUCUCAUUCCUGACGCACUUUUUCUUGCCAAGAUUUGCCUUUUUGCCCUUGCCUUUACAAUGGAUCGCUGCUUAGCUAUCUGGUAUAUUCUUGUAUUUUUAGGGUUACACAUGCUGACCCAGCAACCACCGUUUGAAGAAUCAGGUACUUCUAACAAAUUAACACCAUUGCAACUGGAAAGCUUGCUGACAGAAGGGAAAACUUCAAGAUUUUGGCUGGUGGAGUUCCGUUCCUCUUAUUCAUCUGCUUGCAUUCGGUCAAGUCGAUGCUUUUCUGAGCUCUCAAUCACAUAUUCAAACAAAAAUUUGUCUUUUGGCAUAGUUGAUCUUGGACUCUUUCCUAACGCUGCAGAAAAAUUUGGAAUCUCCCUUAGCGGAAGCAUGAGCCAGCUUCCAACAUUUAUCUUAUUUGACAAUGCCACUGAGGCCACCCGUUAUCCUGAAUUGGAUUUUGAAGGAAAGUACUUUCAACCUACAAUUACGAAGGAACACUAGCAUAAUUCCAAACCGGGCAAUGGGCGUGCGUGAGGCGUGGAAAAAGAUGUUGGGGGUUUUUGUUUUUCAUUUGGAGGUGGCGGUAGCAGGUGUGUAAUUGAAGGUGCGAUGCGGGACCCAGCAUCAGAAAACGACGCUGCCGCGUCAUAGCCGAAUGAUGAUGGAUGAGCUGUCCAGCCGCUUUGCUCUCGAAUAUUCUUUUCUGGAAUCUAUUUACUCACAUACUAUUCUAAAUGCAAAUCUCACCUUUUCGGCUCCUUUUAACAUUUAUUUGAUUGAUGCUAGUGUUAAUGUUGGAUCAAAUCAAAUACAUUUACUUAAAAAAAAAGAGGUGACUUUUGAAGCAAGACAUCCUCUAUAUUCUCCAUAGCAAUAAAAUAUAAUGAGAUAAAA